UCCAGCAUCCAGCCAGGAAUAAGUCAGAGCCGUGAGGGGGGAGCGCUCUGCCUCCUCAGAGCAGAAGCUUUCAGCAGUGAGCGUGCACCACACAUGCACGCCGUGCACCACACAUGCACGCCGUGCACCACACAUGCACGCCGUGCACCACACAUGCACAUCGCACAGGAGUGUGCCUGGCUCCGCCUCCUUACUGCAGUCUGUUCCCGCGCUUCAUGCCAGUGUUUAAGAGCUGCUGCUCGGCAUUCAGAACCAGUUCUGAUCCAGUACCGGACCCAAAUGGAGAUGAGAGGACCAGACCAAUGACGAAACCCGACACCGGCCCCACGAGCAGUUUAGGAAACGCUGACCUGAGAACAAACAUCUCUCCAUACCGGCCCCGACUUCCUGCUGAUGAAGGUCACAUGAUCACAUGGUUGUAACCAGCAGGCCUGUACCGGUCAGGGACACCGUCCUCCAGCUACCAGGAUGCUCCAUUGUGAUGAGUGCAUACAGAAAGGAAGUCCCUUUCACAAUAAGAGUUGAUGGACUCCGGCUGCAUUGAUAAGGCCACUGUAGGACAGGAUGACAGGUAACAGGUCAUCACUGGCUCCGCCCCUCAGCUCCAUACCUCCAGCUCACCUCAACAGCUUCCUGUACCCGUCCACACCAGACUGGGAGCCCCCCAGUUUCUCCCAAGCCGCUCAGUUCCGGGUCGGCGCCAUCUUCAUCCUCUUCCUGUUUGCUGCCUGCAGUAAUACUGCUUUACUGACCAGUGUGUGGUGUGGUCGUGGCCGACGGUUGGCGUCGCACCUGCGGCCUCUGAUGCUGAGCCUGGCGUCGGCUGACCUGAUGAUGACGUUUGUGGUGAUGCCUCUGGACGCCGUGUGGAAUGUGACGGUGCAGUGGUACGGCGGCGACGCUCUGUGCAGACUGCUCUGCUUCCUGAAGCUGUUUGCCAUGCACGCCUCCGCCUUCAUCCUGGUGGUCAUCAGCCUGGACCGCCAGCACGCCAUCCUGCACCCUCUGGACGCUCUGAGCGCUCACCGAAGGAACCGCUGCAUGCUGCUACUGGCCUGGACCCUCAGCCUGCUGCUGGCCACCCCUCAGUUAUUCAUCUUCAGGACCAUUAGGGUUGACCAGGCAAACUUCACUCAGUGUGUGUCUCACGGCAGCUUCAGUCACCGCUGGCAGGAAACGGUUUACAACAUGUUCCACUUCGUCACUCUGUACGUUGUCCCCCUGCUGGUGAUGAGCUGCUGCUACAGUCGCAUCCUGCUGCACAUCCACCAGCAGCACCUGAGGGACAAAGCAGGUGAAUCCCAGCUUCGCCGCAGCGGCACUGACAUCAUCCCGAAGGCUCGGAUGAAGACACUGAAGAUGUCUGUGGUCAUCGUCCUGUCCUUUGUGGUGUGCUGGACGCCAUACUACCUGCUUGGGAUCUGGUACUGGUUCCAGCCUGACAUGCUCCGCGUCACACCCGAGUACAUCCACCACGUCCUGUUUGUGUUUGGGAACCUGAACACGUGCUGCGACCCCAUCAUUUAUGGAUUUUACACGCCCUCCUUCCGGGCUGACCUGGCAGCUUGUUGCCGCUGGUCGAAGGAUAGCUCCUCCCCCCUGUCUCUGAACAGACUGUCCACCAGACAAGGUCCUCACAGUGGGGAGCAUGAGCUGCAGUCCCACUACAACCAGGCCAGUAAAGACUGAACCCCGGAGGGUGCCGUGUCCCCCCGUGGCAUCGCCGUGUCCCCGCCAUGUCACUGACUGCUUCACGAUUGUCAUUUCCUUCGUUGUCAGACAGCACAAGUUCUUUUAAUCUCCAGCAGAGAUUUGGGGAAGAAGCUGUUCUGAGUUCGACUUUACUUGAGGGAACACAGCCCCCUCCCUCACCCCCACCCUCCAGCUGUUGGAGCUCAUUUAAAGAUCAGUCAAAACAGUUUUCUACUUGACUUUAUUUGGUUUGGAGACUAAAGAGCAGAAAGAAGCGACACACAUGAGGCGGGUCAGAGCCAGAACACGGACCGGUUCCAUCGUCUUCAUCAUUUCGGGUUUAACAAACGCUUAAAGCUUUUUUCUCUGACACACGUGGAAUAGAAAACAUACUGUAUGUAUCAUUAAAGCAUUGCUGUUCUCAUUGGU